UUGAAAACAUAAAUAAAUAGAUACGUGGUUUUUAGCGAUUUCAGUCACAUCAUUAUUUUGUUGGAAAUUAAAUUAAAUUAAACCUAUUUAAACAAUCAUUUAAUUUUCGUUUACUUAAACUGCAUCAUGAACAAAUUUCUCUUAUCUCUUAUACCGGUGCUGGUCAUUGUUUUCCAGCAUACCAAAGCCGAAUUUACUACGAAAGACUGUCGUGAAUUAGGAUUCAUCAAAUCCCAACUUUUCUGCUCAUCGUGCGAUACCCUGGGAGAAUACGGUUUAGAUGAGUUGAAGGAUCAUUGCCGGGAAUGCUGCCAAAAGGAUGCUGAAAGCAGCGGAAAGCUGAUGGUUUACCCGAAAGCAGUUUUGGAAGUUUGUACUUGCAAGUUCGGCGCGUACCCUCAGAUUCAAGCCUUCAUUAAAAGCGAUCGGCCACAGAAGUUUCCCAAUCUGACUAUAAAAUACGUACGUGGACUGGAUCCGAUCGUGAAACUGAUGGAUGAAUCCGGCAAUGUGAAGGAAACGUUAUCGAUUACCAAAUGGAACACGGAUACCGUGCAAGAAUUUUUUGAAACGCGACUGACUAAAGUCACGGAUGAAGAUGAUUACCUCCUAACGAACAGGGUUUAAUCAUGGUGUGGUGUUGCACAAUAGAAGCUCGAGUACAUGUACAUGUGAUUAAC